AUGUCACGUGGCUCUCAGAGUAGUGUAUUUUCAACACAAAACGCCACGCAUCCAACAGACUCUGCUGGUAACGCUGGCUUUCGCUGUUUUGAAAGUGACGUUAUUAUUAACUCUGGUGCACUACAAUCCGUAACCAUUCUCAUCGCUGGAGGACAACACAAUACCACCCUUACUGCCAAUCGCACUUACCGAAUUGACGGUGAGGUCGCCGCCGGCGGCUCCAAUAGUGUUUCUGUCCUAUUCGAAGAUUCUGCUCUCACAAUCAAUCUUGCAAUACCCCAAGUCCCACCAUUUUCUCUCAGCAAUAAAGUUUCAGUCUACGGUGUCGGUAUGAUUGCUCAUUGGAGCACCCGCCCUUGCCAUGGUGAUGGACGUCGAGCCGAGGUUGUGAGACUCCUUCACCGCAGCUCAACUGCCAACCCCGUUGAAUUUCACGCCGACUACGUUCUCAGUUCCCGGAUCACAUCAACACUCUCUCUAAAUGCCCUUUCCGUUGGCAAUAUUAUCAGUCUCCGUGGUUAUGUCAUUGGCCAUAAUUUGGAGUCCAACACAUGGGAAAUCGGAGUCUCCGCAAUCCAGUUUAUGCACUGCACACCACAACUCCGUCGCAGUCGACGCCAACGCGGCUAUGCCCCGAUCUCAAUGGACCAACUGCUCCGUUAA